AUGAUACUUUUCGUACGCAGAGCAAAAGGGUGGACGUCGAUGGAUAUAAGGGAGAGGAAGAAGAAGAAGAAGAAGAAGAAGAAGAAGAAGAAGAAGAAGAAGAAGAAGAAGAAGAAGAAGAAGAAGAAGAAGAAGAAGAAGAAGAAGAAGAAGAAGAAGAAGAAGAAGAAGAAGAAGAAGAAGAAGAAGAAGAAGAAGAAAGACUUCAACACCAUCUCCCACCCACCCAAUCCCAUACCUUACCCCAUCAAGAUUAGGGUGUUUGGGAUUACUGGGUGGACGGGUGGAUGGAUGACUGCUAGAGAUUAA